GGAUGGCGCUAAAAGUGGGCGGCGGUAUCCAACCUCCCUACAGCAGGGCUGAUUCGUUCGGGGGUAGAAGGAGCGUCACGUUAACUGCUGUCGUCCUUUUGAGUCAGUUCGGCUGCCCUACUUAAUGCACGCCUGAGACUGCAACCCGAUAAGUUCAUGGAGUCCAUCAUGGCUGCAAACGAGAUGAGCUCACCUGCGUGGCCUCCGUUCAAUCACCGGCAUGUCCAUCCUUGGGAGGUUAUCGCACAACUAUGGAGAUGUGUUUUCCCCACCUCAAGACAGUUAUAUUCAGAUACGCGUACACAGGAUUACAGCAUGCAGUCUCAGAUAAAUUUGGACUCGGACUCCUGGAGUUUCGGCAGCACUACAGAAGCGCAACAAGACGCACCCCUAAAUUUGUGCCUGCGUGACCAUACCGAGAAUGUCCAUUUCCCCAAGGUGCACCUACAAAUGAGAGCCGUAGACUUCGCGACCUGUUCCGCAGAACGUGGAAUCAAUGCAAAAAACACCGAAGCUCAAAGCCAGUUUCAGCUGACUACAACAGCGACGCAUGUACUGUGGCCAUACACCAACGGUGGAAUUGCUGCGUAUCCGACAAUGCUUUCUGCUGGUCCGACUAAGCUAGAGCAUACAUCCCCUUCCAUGUUGGGGUCCACAGAUUCACUGAGCCCCGGGAGCAAUGGGAUGAAUUCCAACGCAUUGGAUAGGGAACACCCGUUUACGUCAACGCCUUUACAUGAACAACGAGUACAGCGAAGACAGCGUCCUCGACCAGUAUCUCUAACACCCACAUAUGGAGAAGUGUCUGAAACUCAUAAUCGAUCGUCUCCUACAAGAAUGAGAUCUCAGCAAGGCAGGGUGCGACGUCGGCGAGUCGGGUGGAGGGGAGUGGCAAUGUGCGGCGCAUGCAACCUGGUCUGUUCGAGCAUGGAUCAGCUAAACUUACACUAUCAAAUGGCACAUUCAGAGUUACUGUUGACAGAAUGGCAAAUAGCUCAGUCUACCGGCACAAACGCCUCAAAAAUGUUGUUUCAAGCCCAGUUGGAGCAACUGAGAUCACAGACAGCCGCCGAGAUGUCAUCCGGAGAGGCUCACCACACUCCUACGGGUUCUGCUCUCAAUACGGACAAUCAGAGAGAUGUAACAAAGAGGGAGAAGGACGAAGAAGUGACUGAUCAGCGGUCGCCCGACCGCGAAGCUGGACCUUCAUUCUAUAACUCACCACUUUUGGCUUUGUCUAACCCCGACAAUCGGGAUGAUGCAAUCACCACAUAUGUGAGUUCCAGCACAUCGAGUGUCCACAUCCAUGAGUUACACACGCAUUCACCAUUGAUUCGACCGGAACAUGCACCGAAUUCGGAAGGUGAAAUACGAGCUCUCAAGGAAUACCCUUGCCCGCGUUGCAGCUAUACGGCAAAGUGGCCAACGGAGCUACAGAAACACGUGAUGGUACAUUCGAUCCACCGUCCAUUUGUUUGUUCCGUAUGUUCAACCAGUUACAAGUGGAGCUGGGACUUGGGUAGACAUUUCGCUAACGCUCAUCCAGGCCUCUUGAAUCCAUACAAGAAGCAGCGAUUUCACCGUCAUCCCACCAUCUCCAAGAAGUCAGACGAAAACGCGACAACCCCCUCGGUGUGACGUGAGAUUCUCGGGCCCAUCGUCCAUCGUUUUCAUCACUACGAAAUGUUCUUUCUCAUCCUGAGGAUCUCUCGCACGCUUGUUGCCUUUCCCUCCACUCUGGUAGUCACAGCAUGAAACCAACUGAAUUAGUGAGAUGUCUCAAUAGAAGUUGUAUAUGUAUUUAAUAUAGACUUAUGCUUG